UCCAUUUUUCUGUUGAAUUUCCCGAAAGGAAGUCGAAAUAGCAUAAGAUAUAAAAAUGAAGUUGUUUCUAUUUGUUUUCGUUUUGAUUUCUGUUUAUAAUGUCGUAAAUGGGGCUGUAGGUCAAGCAGCACCAAGUAAAACUACCGACUGUUCAUCAGGAACAUGCGUUGAUUAUUGCGACAAUAAUGGAAAGAAAAUACUUCCAGGACAGCAAAUCACUGAAAAUUGUGAACUUACAAAGUGCAACAAAGAUUUUUCAUUGUCCUUCGAAAGUUGCAGCCCAUUUAGAACAGACAAAUGCAAACGAUUCGGACCCGAUGUGAAGUUGUCUUAUCCUGAUUGCUGUAAUAAAAUUUGCAUAGAUCGCUCUGGUUAAGGUCACACGUAAAGCGAGUUUUUUUUUGUUCUAUUUUGACUUUAAACUUGUUUCGUUUAUUUUUUUCGAAAAUAAAUAAACAUUUGUUUUCCUGAGAACUUUUUUCGAUGAAGCAUUUUUCAAUGAUGUGGAAUCGGACAAGAUUUUUUUUUUU